AUUUGUAGGGAUGUUGUUGAGAGGUAUUUUUAGCGGAAAUUUUGCGCGGUCUGCAAUAGUUUGGUCGCAAGCGAUGCAUCCAUUGAAGAGAACGCAAGUGGAAACGAUAUUGCGGUAUAGUACAUCCAGGAACUUUAUGACUACACCGGCAUAUCGUUCAACAAGAAUUGUGGAAGAUAUGGGACCAUUUACACCGCCGAAAAAACUAACUUUUGAAGAGGUUGAGCAACGGAUUAUGAAAGCAAUUCGUGCAUGGGAUCGAUUUCCAGAAGAAAAAAAAGAAACGUUAACAUUAGAUAGUGAUUUUGUCAAGGAUAUGGGAUUUGAUUCCUUGGAUCACGUUGAAAUUGUAAUGUCACUGGAGGAUGAAUUCGGUUUUGAGAUCCCAGAAUUGGAUAGUGAGAAGUUAAAAACACCUCGUGAUGUUUUCAAAUAUAUCUGCGAGCAUGAAGAUGUUUUUGAGUGAGACACAGAUUUCCCUGUUAGAAAUUACAUAGGGGAACGCAAAACCAGUUCAUCUAUUAAUUACUUUACAUCUAAUUCAUUUCAAAUGCAAUUUCAACUUAUUCAUGGAUGUAAGCGAAAUUUGAGAGCAAAGUGUUUUUUAAGCGGAAUGCAAGGGUAGGUGAGGAUAGCGACGGAAAACUUCUGAUUGCAAUUUUUUUUGAUAUGUGAUCUGAAGCACCCCCUUAAAGUCAAGC